UUCCGGGCCCUAUGGUGAGAACAAGCCGGCGACUGCAAGCGAAAAGCAAGAAAUUCUGCAUAACCUAGCGUAACCAGAGAGUAUAUGCAAAGUCAGACACGCACGACGGAAGGCACAUUGCAGCGCAAAUAAAUCAAAUACAAAGUAGCCAGAUACAAGCUUGGAACAGCUCACAAAGUAUUUUCGGUGCUAUUUUCUUGCGUACACAGCGUGGUGGUUUGCUAGCUGCUAGCGAAAGGCAGCAACGAUGAGGGGGAUGCUGACUCUCUGGGCACUUAUGUGCUUUCUUAUGCUCCUUCCUUCUCAUACAGAUUCAGUAGCCGUGAUGUCAGUUGACUUGGGCAGUGAGUGGAUGAAAAUGGCUAUAGUUAAACCUGGUGUGCCGAUGGAGAUUGUCCUGAACAAGGAGUCCAGGAGGAAAACACCGGUGGCCGUGUGUUUGAAGGAAAAUGAGCGCCUGUUUGGAGAUGGAGCCCUGGGAGUGUCUGUCAAGAACCCCAGGGUCGUGUACAGGUAUCUCCAGGACCUCAUGGGAAAACGGCAUGAUAACCCGAUGGUGGCGCUGUAUCAGAAACGCUUCCCCGAGCAUAAUUUGGAGAAAGACGAGAGCCGGGGCACGGUUUUCUUCAAGAACUCAGAAGAGAUGCAGUUCACGCCAGAGGAGGUCUUGGGGAUGGUUUUGAACUACUCUCGUGUCCUGGCACAGGACUUUGCAGAACAACCUAUCAAAGAUGCUGUGAUCACCGUUCCAGCAUUUUUCAAUCAGGCAGAGCGCAGGACGGUCCUGCAGGCUGCCCAGAUGGCGGGUCUUAAGGUCCUUCAGCUCAUUAACGACAACGCGGCUGUAGCUUUGAACUAUGGGGUCUUCAGGAGGAAAGACAUCAACAGCACAGCUCAGAACGUGAUGUUUUAUGACAUGGGUUCAGGCAGUACGGUGGCCACCAUUGUCACAUACCAGACUGUGAAGACCAAGGACUCUGGCACACAGCCUCAGCUGCAGAUCCGUGGAGUGGGGUUUGACCGCACGCUGGGUGGGUUUGAAAUGGAACUGAGGCUGCGGGACCACCUGGCCAAACAAUUCAAUGAUCUGAAGAAGACCAAGAAGGAUGUACGGGAGAAUGCCCGGGCUAUGGCCAAGCUCCUGAAAGAAGCUCAGAGGGUUAAGACCGUGCUCAGUGCCAACGCAGAGCACAUGGCCCAGGUGGAGGGACUUCUAGAUGACAUAGACUUCAAGGUGAAGGUGACUCGAGCUGAGUUUGAGAUGCUGUGCAGCGACCUGUUCGACAGGGUUCCAGGGCCCGUCCAGGACGCGCUCAGCUCCGCUGAAAUGUCCAUGGAUGAGAUUGAGCAGGUCAUCUUGGUUGGGGGAGCGACACGGGUUCCCAAAGUCCAGGAGGUCCUUCUGAAAGCUGUGGGAAAAGAGGAACUGGGGAAGAACAUCAACGCAGACGAGGCUGCUGCCAUGGGCGCAGUGUACCAGGCGGCCGCCCUCAGCAAGGCCUUCAAGGUCAAGCCUUUCCUGGUGCGAGACGCUGCCAUGUUUCCUAUUCAGGUGGAGUUCACCCGGGAAACGGAGGAGGAGGAUGGGGUGAAGAGCCUCAAGCACAACAAGCGUAUCCUGUUUCAGAGGAUGGCCCCCUACCCCCAGCGCAAGGUCAUUACCUUCAACCGCUACACGGACGACUUCGUCUUCGCUGUCAACUACGGCGACCUCUCCUUUCUCAGUGAGCAAGACCUCAGUGCAUUUGGCUCUCUGAAUCUGACCGCGGUCAAGCUGACGGGGGUUGGCACCAGCUUUAAGAAGCAUGCGGACGCUGAAUCAAAGGGCAUCAAGGCUCAUUUCAACAUGGAUGAGAGUGGCGUUUUGAUUUUGGACAGGGUGGAGUCUGUUUUUGAGACGAUAGUGGAAGAAAAAGAGGAGGAGUCCACUUUGACAAAGCUCGGAAACACAAUUUCAAGCCUGUUUGGAGGAGGGAGCUCAGAACCCGCUGCAAAUGCAUCAGAACCUGUUCAGGAUGAAGAAGAGGUCCCACCAGAGACUGGAAAAGAGGAAGACGAUCAGGCCCAGAAGGAAGACAAAUCCCCCCCAGAAGAGAAGCAGGAAUCUAGGGAGAAAACUGAGAGUGAAUCCCAGGCUGAGGAGAAGGAAAAGGCAGAGGGCGAGAAAGUUAAUGAUAAUGCAGAUUCUGAGGAUGGAAAGGAGGGAGCAAAGCCUCAGGAAAAGAAGACUGAUGAGGAAGGAGGGAAGACCGAGGAAAAGAAGGAGGAAACUGCCAAACCCCAAAAGAGGACCAAGAUUUCAGAAGAAAUUGGAGUGGAGCUCCAAGUGAACGAUGUGCUGGACCCAAGCUCAGAACAGAUUGAGGCCUCCAAGAAGAAGCUGCAAGACCUUACUGACAGAGAUCUGGAGAAACAAGAGAGAGAAAAGACCUUGAACAGUCUGGAGGCGUUCAUCUUCGAGACACAGGACAAGCUGUACCAGGAUGAGUACCUGACAGUGGUAACCGAGGAGGAGAAGGAGCAAAUUUCGGGCAAACUGAGCGAGGCCUCCAACUGGAUGGAUGAGGAGGGAUACACUGCAGGCACCAAAGAGCUGAAGGAGAAGCUGGCCGAGCUGAAGAAGCUGUGCAAGUCCAUGUUCUUCAGGGUGGAGGAGCGCAGGAAAUGGCCUGACCGCCUGGCUGCCCUCGACAGCAUGCUCAACCACUCUGCCUUCUUCCUCAAGAGUGCUAAACUCAUUCCAGAAGAUGAGCAAAUAUUUACGGACGUGGAGCUGAAGACACUGGAGAAAGUUAUCAAUGAGACCACGACAUGGAAGAACGAGACGGUGGCCGAGCAGGAGAAGCGACCCUCCACAGAGAGGCCCGUUCUACUAUCCAAAGACAUAGAGGCCAAACUGGCCCUGCUGGACCGUGAGGUGAACUACCUGCUGAACAAGGCCAAGUUUGCCAAGCCCAAGCCCAAGCCCAAGCCCAAGGAUAAGAACAGUACCAGCGCAGAAGGCAGCAAAGCCAACAGCACUGAGGCUGACUCAGAGAAGGUCAUCCCGCCCAAGGAGUCCUCCACUGAGAAAGCCACAGAAGCCCCUGAGGAGGUGAAGCCGGGUGAAGAGCCACUCUCUGAUGAGAAUGCUGGAAAGGAGUCAGAAACCAAUAGCCAAUCAGAACCCUCAGAGGAAACAUCAAACACAGAACCAUCGGAAGACAAAAAAUCAGAAAAUCAUUUAGGGGAUGAAUUAUAACAGCUGGAACUCUUGGAAAAAAUAUCUCAUUGUAUUUAUUGACAAUGUUUAAUUGUUCAAGUUUAAUUUUCCCACCGCCCUCCCAACUAAUUUAAACCAAAAUGUGUCAUUGGAUCAGCUUGGAGAAGCCUUUAGAUGUACAUUAUUUUUAGGGUUCUUCAAUUUAAUUACCUUCAUUUUCUGUUAGUUCAUUCUGUCCCUCUUCCCUCCAAGCAAAGAGCCAGUUAAGAAGAGCACUUAAGAGCCCAUGAAAACCACAGAAGUGACUGUAUCUGAAAUCCAUGAGAGAAAACUGGUUUUCUGCUAUAAUAUACUUUUUUGCCUUUCUUACUUGGAAAAUCAUUCAUUGUAUCCCAAGAUAGCAUUUGUUUAAUGGAGGUUUUGCAAAACUUCGAACCCCAUCAUGGAACAUUUGAUACACCCUUUCAUAAACAGGGGCAGGGUUCAGGAUCAAUGAAAAGUGAAAAUACCAAGUCAAAGGAAAGCACUUGAAAAGUAAAAUACUCGUUGAUGACAUCCAUCUGUAGGCCCAGCUCCAGUGGUGUCACUUUGAAUGGUGCAUAAACACAGGGGAUUGUCUUAAUUGUCAGACUGUUUAAACUUAAAGAUAUAUCAGCUAUUUGUAUCAAAUUAUGGAUUAAUAGUGGGGAUGUGGCACUUUAAAUAGAUUUGGAGGAAUUCAGUACUGAUAUACCAUGUGGCAGAUGAUCAUGUGAUCCAGACAAUUGUGAAGUUUUUACUUGCAAGGAAGGGACUGUAGAUCAAUGUGGACUUCAAAUGUAUCCUGUGGGCUUUUUUUGUUUGUGGUGAGGAUUUUUGGAAUAUGACUGAUGAAUAUGGCCGAGUUAUAUGCCUUUUCAGUAUGGACAAAGUGUGAUUUUUGUUCCCUCAAGAAGGUCUACAGCAAUGGACACACACACUCCUGAGCUUCAUUGGAUAAAUUGACGCACAACAUUUACAACACAGCUAGUGGGGUCUGAAUUCCAGACCCAGAGUCUGUAGAGUAUUCAGCUGGCUCUGGACUACACUUCCCAUUAGCCCCUCUCUCAAAUGUUGCACAAUUGUUUACCUGUUAAUCUCUCCCCAAGAGAGAAAGUAACACCCGUUGUGCAAAUGUUGCUCUGAACUGCAGGAAGUGGGAAUAAUUUGACAAGCAUUAUGGAAAAAGAAUUUGAGUAACAUUUCAGGCAUUCACUGCCAUCUUACAGCUUAGUAUGGCGAAAUUUGAAAUGUGAAGUACCUCUGACAAACCUUUUCAAGAUUUAGUGUAGUUAAAACAGUUCUGUCUUCAACCUUUUCUACCCUUGUGUGCCCUUUCAGCUAAGCAUGUAGAGGAGUCCAGUACAUCACCAAAGGGUGUCAAUGUGGUCAAUGUGAAGACAAUUUUGACAAUUCUUUCCCCUCCAACUUAAAAUCCUCAGUCUUACGGUUGAGAAUAUUUUGCAUGAUUAUACACAGUUAUGUUGUCUUUUAUUGCGGAAUUUUUUGGUUCAAUACAGUACAGUACCGUUUGCCUUUUCAAUCAGCAGUGUGCAAUUAAAGGUCGACUGUGGUGUUUGUGAAUUCCAAACAACGUCUUUCAGGACCAGCUGCCUGCACUGACUUCAGAAGAUGACCAGGAUUUCUCCCACAUCCCCAGUGCUGCUCUUAAAAGCGUAACGCUUUGAAAACUCACUGCUGGUUCCUUGUGCUUCACACUGGUGCAGUGCUGUUUGUGGGAAUAAUGAGCUCAU